UUUUUGGUUUUUUUGUUAUGCCAGCAAACCUAGGCAGCAAUUUAUGCUGUAUCCAUGCUAAGAUUCACUUAGGCUGAACUCCUUUCUUGUUGGUUUGACUGACUUCUUUCUAUUCCUGUAUCUCUUUGCAUUUUAUGUGAGGACCUCCUAAAAGUAUGAACUCGUGCUGCAGUGUGAGAACAAAGACCAAUUUAGUCUUUUCCCUGGGACUUCCAUAAAAUAAAAUACUUAAAACAUCUCCAUUAAAAUGUCUGCAUUGAUGAAGGGAAGGGGGGGGGGAAAGCCUUUUCCUCCAGCAGUGGCUUGAUUAAUGGAAUUAUUGUUUGUACAGAUUUUGUCAGGAAGCCAUAUGGCUUGAGGAAAACAAAGAGGAAGUGGCUGAUGUUGGGAAUCUGAUUUAAUAGGGGUCCCUAAGGACAGAAUGUGGCUCUUAUCCUUACUCCUUCCCACUCAGUUUGCAGAGUGGUCUGAGAAGAGCUUUAGGGUUUCAGUAGAGCUGCAGAUAAUGCAGCUCUGUUGGAGUGGAAGUGUCGGUCCCUGCUGCUGGAUCAGCAUCACAGCCACUCCAUUCUCAGGUUCAGAAUCCACUGUUCUUCAGCUUUUGUAUAAAGUGUCCUGGGGUAAUUAACAAACAGCAGUAAUUGAAAUGUUUACUAUUUGUGUAUUGGCAGCUGAUCAGUUUGCAGUAGAUGAAGAAAACUUUUUUAGCAUCUCAAAGCUCACUUUUCAUAGUUUAGGGUGAGAUGAUUAUUUCUCUAUCUCUCCCUUCCCCAGCAAAAUUCAAGCAUCUGUGCCUCUGGAUUAACUAAUUCACCAUCUGUAUCCUAAAACCAGACUUAUUUUCCUAAUCUAACAUAUGUAAGUGGGGAUUGGAACUGCCCUCAUCAGCAGAGUGAACACUGAUGCCUGAAGUAGCAGAUUGUGCAUAAGCAGACAUCUGUAUUCAUCUGCAGCUGCUACAGGAAGUCAGCUGCAUUGUCUCUGGUGCAGCUGCAAGAAUGACUUGACUGAUUUGCAUUCAUGGCUCUUGGAUGAUCUGGUGAACCAUGGAGCUCAAAGUAUGGGUGGAUGGAGUGCAGAGAAUUGUGUGUGGGGUCACCGAAGUCACAACAUGCCAGGAAGUUGUAAUAGCCCUUGCUCAGGCUAUUGGCCGCACCGGGCGCUACACGCUGAUCGAGAAGUGGCGGGACACGGAGCGGCACCUGGCGCCGCACGAGAACCCCAUCGUGUCCCUCAACAAGUGGGGACAGUACGCCAGCGAUGUGCAGCUGAUCCUGCGGCGCACCGGGCCCUCCCUGAGCGAGCGGCCCACGUCGGACAGCGUGGCGCGCAUCCCCGAGAGGACUCUGUACCGGCAGAGCUUGCCGCCCCUGGCCAAGCUGAGGCCGCCCGGGGACAAGGCCAUGAAGAGGAGGGAGCCGAAAAGGAAAUCCCUCACCUUCACCGGCGGCGCCAAGGGGCUAAUGGACAUCUUCGGGAAGAGCAAGGAAUCAGAGUUCAAGCAAAAGGUGCUCAACAACUGUAAAACAACAGCGGACGAGUUGAAGAAACUGAUCCACCUCCAGACGGAGAAGCUUCAGAGCAUCGAGAAGCAGCUGGAAUCCAACGAAGCCGAGAUCCGCUACUGGGAGCAAAAGUACAACGCCAGCCUGGAAGAAGAAAUCCUCAAACUGGAGCAGAAGAUCAAACGGAACGAAGUGGAGAUAGAGGAGGAAGAGUUCUGGGAAAAUGAGCUGCAGAUUGAACAGGAGAACGAAAAGCAGCUGAUGGAGCAGCUGCAGGAAAUGAGGCAGAGGAUCCUGGAGUGCGAGAGCAAGCUCAAGGACUACGUGUCUCAGAUCCAUAACAUGGAGAGUGGCCUUGAAGCAGAGAAGCUGCAGCGGGAAGUUCAAGAGUCCCAAGUGAAUGAAGAAGAAGUCAAGGAAAAGAUCGAGAAGGUGAAGGGAGAAAUUGAUAUUCAGGGCCAGCAGAGUCUGAGAUUGGAAAAUGGCAUUAAAGCAGUAGAAAGGUCUUUGGGCCAAGCUACCAAGCGAUUACAGGACAGGGAACAAGAACUGGAGCAAUUGACCAAGGAGCUGCGCCAGGUGAACCUGCAGCAGUUCAUCCAGCAAACGGGAACCAAGGUGACGGUGCUGCCGGCAGACCCCGUGGAGGUGGAGGCCCCACAUGUGGAGCUCGAGAGAGAGCCAACUUUUCAGUCUGGGUCACUGAAGCGCCCUGGCUCCUCGAGGCAACUCCCCAGUAACCUUCGGAUCCUACAGAACCCCCUGUCAUCUGGUUUUAACCCGGAGGGCAUUUAUGUAUGACAGUACAUACCUCUUCUAGAGAGGACCUAGCAAGGUACCCUGGACAAGAUACACUUUAUUUUAUUCUGCCAAUGACGAAUGGAAGAAGUUUGUCUUGUUUUGGUUUUUUGUUACACCGCCGUGUUAUUUUUUUCUUCUUCCUCCAACACCACUUGGAGCCAUACCCUGUGCACUGAUGCUAAAGAGACAGGAACUCUCUCAGUUCAUAAUUGGCAAGGAUGACCUUGCUGUCAACACAACUUAAGUGCAAAAACCGUCAUUGUUUUUGCCACUUCAGAAGUGUUUGGGAAAGUAUUGUUCCUUGUAUAGGUAUAAAUGGAAGACUGAGGGUGAAGGAAACCGAGUAUGCAACUUAUCUGAGGUUUAAUUUAUUCCCUUUAAUCAAUGGACCUGUGAAUGUUGACCUUUUAUAUUUUUAUUUUUAACUUGUGAAUUAUCACGAAUGGCUGUGUGUCAGUCUGACAAGGUGACUUUGAUUUGUGUGUACCAACAUCCCCCAUCUGAUCAACUACAGCAACCUGCAAUGCAGAGUUCUGAGGGGUGCUGAACCAUUGCAGUGGUUUCCCACCACUAACUUUGUUCAUUUCUGUUCUGGGUCAUCAUAUGUCAUGUUCCAUCCAUUGCUACCUUUUAAGGCUUGAAAAGUGAAUUUGUGGGAUUUACUUGCUGUUGUAUCUGCCUUGAAUGAAGCACCUAGUGUUCGAAAGAUUUAUUAAUUUUAAACCUUGGCUUGGUAAAAAUAUUUCCAGCAUAUGAUUGAGGAUGCACUAGUUAGAUGAUAUUUUAUUAUAUAGAAUGUAUAUUUGAAAUAUUUUGCCACAUUGUAUAUGCCUUUUGAGAAAAGAACAAUGUAAGACUUGUCUUCAUAUAUCUUACCAAAAGAGAGUAGGAGGCUUUCACUGUGUGUGAUUUUGUACUUUAUUUUUUCCACUAGCCAUUACAGUGUUCUUGUUUUGUAACAAAUCUUCUUGUUGGAGGGGAAGAAAGACACAACACAAAUGAGUAUCCACUUCCAGCUUUCCAGAAUUCACUCAAGUUUUGUGAAGGGAAGAAGCCUGGCAGAGUCCCAUGAAGUCAAUAGCAGAGUUCUUAUUGAUAGGAGUGAGGCCAGGAUUUCAUUUAGCUCCCUGGUGGAGACACUUGUCCCUAUGAAAGACAGUCACUUACAGGAUGUAAAGCUUCCAAGCAGAAAUUUCACACAUUUGGCGGUCAUUUUUCACAAAACUUAUGAAACGAGAACAUUAUCCCAUCUUGAUGUUGCUCUAAUGCAAUCAAAGCUAAGAAAGAAUCAAACAAAAAGGGGUUCCUGCAGAAAGCAGCCACUCCCAAAUUGCUCAUGUUUUGCAGGCCUUGAAGUGAGAUUGCUGCAGGGGACACCAGGUUUGUGGAGAAGGGAACUGGCAACAGUGGGACACACUGUAAACGUUGGGGGCUGGCCUCACGGAUGAGUUAGGGAAGGGAGGGCCUUCCCUGGUUUGGAUUUCUUGUUCUACCAUCAACUCACAGCAACAUCCCCACCUUGGAGAUACCCCGGGCACGAGAGGGGACACUGUGCCCUUGCUGCAGUGCUGAAGGCUUGGCCUCCUUGGCAGGGUCAGGAUUUUACCACUGCUAGGAAACUCCAAGCUUUUAGCCAUAGAAAAACUAGACUUAACUCCUAGCAUCCUCUUGUGUUGAUUCACUGAUGUGCAGAUAAAUGUUAAUUUAAAUCUCCUUUUCUUAAAAAGAAGCUUCCUGACAAUUGGAAGUUUUAAAAGAUAUAGCAGAAGAUGAAGGAUUCUUGAGUGUUUAAUGCAAUUUUUUUCCUUUCCACUUAUUAAUGGCAUCAUAUAUUCUAAAAAUGCUGCUGUAUUUAGACUAACAGCAACAGAUAAGGCUGUGAAUAUAUAAAGGACCUUUCCAAAUGGA